AUGGACUCCCCCACCACUCCUGGGAGCAGUGGCGUGGGAGCCAGAAUGCCUCACUAUGGAGACCAGCAUAUGGGAGAGAUCCACAAAGCUGCCAGCGAGGGCAACCUGCAGAGAGUGAAGGAAAUCCUAUUGUUCAGGAAAAAUAUUCGGAAUGAUAGGGACAUGAUGAGCAGGACUGCUCUGCACGUGGCCUGUGGCAAGGGCCAUCCAGAGGUGGUGAGACUGCUAGCACGCAGACAUUGCCUAUUGAACCUCUGUGAUAUUGACAACAAAACAGCUCUGAUUCACGCCAUACAAUGUGGGCAAGAAGAAUGUGCCACUAUUCUACUAGACCAUGGUGCCGAUCCAAAUGUGGUGGACAUCCACGGCAACACUGCUCUCCACUAUGCUGUCCAUGGUCACAACACAGCUAUAGUGGAAAAGCUACUUUCCCCUAUGUCAAAUAUGGAAGCGAGAAACAAGGUAUAG